AUGUCGGAACAGGCUCAAUCUACCAACUUCAAAGAGGCCUUCUCCCUCUUCGACAAGCGCGGUAACGGACGUGUCACCAUCGACAGCCUAGGCGACCUUCUGCGAGCCUGUGGCCAGAACCCAACUUUGGCCGAAAUUAAAGAUUUGGAGCAUCAGAUUGGUGGCGCAGAUUUCGACUUCGAUGCCUUUGGCCGCGUGCUCAACCGACCUGGUGGAUUCCGCGACCCUGGAGAGCCGGAGGAAUACUGCCGUGGCUUCCAGGUAUUCGACAAGGAUCUCACAGGCUUCAUCGGCGUCGGACAAUUCCGAUACAUCCUCACGAACCUUGGCGAGAAGAUGAGCGACGAAGAGGUCGACGAACUACUCAAAUCGGUCGACACAAGCAGCGGAGAGCUGAACUACGUCGACAUGGUCAAGAUGAUUCUGCAGAACUAA